AUGAGCAACCCUCCCGCCGGCGCCGCCACCAGCCAGCCGCCCGCCGCACCCGCCACCACCACCACCAACACCGCCGCGGCCGACGAAGCGGCCGACAUUCAGCAGGCCGUGCAGGCCUCGCUGGCCUCCGCAAUCGUCGAGGCUGCGGGCCGCGAGCCCUCGCUGGCCGGCGCGCCAACAAUGGGCGCGUUCCGCGCCACGGCAUUCUCCGCUCCCGCCCGCGCCCUUAUGGGGGAGAGGAUCUCCCGCCCUCCGCCCCCCGCCUCCCGCGAGCCAACGCCCCCAAUUGGGGAGGACGAGUUCUGGGGAGAGGAGGAGGAGGAGGAGGAGGAGGAGGAAGAGGGGGUUGAGGAGGAGGCGGAAGGGGUGGUGAAGAAGGAGGAGGGAGGGGAGGGGGUGGUGGUGAAGGUGGAGGAGGAGGAGGUGCCGGAGGCGACGUUCCCGGUGGAGGUGCAGACGGUGGUGAAGAGGGAGAGGGAGGAGGGAGAGGAUGGAGAGGAGGAGAAGCCGGCGAAGGUUCGCCGUGUCGAGGAGCAGGAGUAG